UAACUUGGUGAUACAUUUUACAUUUUACGUCAUAUUCACACCCGGUGUUAAAAACAAAUCAAGAUGUCCGCUGGAUAAUUGACCAGGUUUCUCUUUUUCAGGUUGCCCAACUAAAAUAGAUUUAUUAGAAUAAUGGAUGUUCUUGCACAAGAAAAUGCACAAAUGCAAGAUAACUCGCCAGAAGAAGAUAUUUCUUUAACAGAACACGAAUAUCUACAUCAUGAUGAAUCAGACGUAUGCAGAGUUUGCAGGAUGGAAGCAACCCCAAACAACCCAUUGCAUUACCCUUGCAUAUGUACUGGGAGUAUAAAGUUUAUACAUCAGGACUGCUUAAGAGCCAUUUUCUGUAACAGUCAGGCACUCAGAGGAAGUAAGGUUUCCAAAAUUACUAGAUUUUUACUUAUGUUAAAGUUACUAUGGUUUUAGAUAUUUUUUGAAAAUUUUGUUCGAUUUCGGUUAUCGGUUAAGAUUUUAUGGCCCAUUAAAUAUUUGCUAUUUUUGGGCCUUUUUGGGCCAUUUUUAAGGAAUUUCUGGGUUCUAUGUUUGAAAUUAUAUAAAUUAUAAAAUUAGUUAGCAGUCACUUUGAUUUCAUAUGGAUUCUGUUGUAGUCCAUAAGUUCUAUGGAUCGUGUACCAGUUUUGCAGAAUUUUUUUCACAUUUAGCUAAAAAUUAUAGCUCAAAACCACCUCUCGGACCUUUUUUCCUAAAAAUUGACCAAUUUUCCCUGCUUUUGAGGCCCAAAUUUGGUUACACCUUAUACAGCAAUGUGGGAAUCUGAAUGGCAUUGGGUAAAGUGCUUACUUUUGUACAGAGAAAACAUUAAACUAAGCAUUGAAAUCGUAUGUGGUUUCCAUCAAUGACCUUCAAACUUUCGAAAAAAACAGUUUAGGUAAAAAAUUCUGCAAAACUGGUACACGAUCCAUAGAACUUAUGGACUACAACAGAAUCCAUAUGAAAUCAAAGUGACUGCUAACUAAUUUUAUAAUUUAUAUAAUUUCAAACAUGGAACCCAGAAAUUCCUUAAAAAUGGCCCAAAAAGGCCCAAAAAUAGCAAAUAUUUAAGGGGCCAUAAAAUCUUAACCGAUAACCGAAAUCGAACAAAAUUUUCAAAAAAUUCCUAAAACCAUAGUAUCUUUAACAUAAGUAAAAAUCUAGUAAUUUUGGAAACCUCACUUCCUUUCCUUAUUGAGUAUUGCCUGAUUCUUACAGAAAAUGGCUCUUAAUGCAGUGGUUAGAUCACAGUAAAAAAGAAUAUUGCGAAUUAUGUGCACAUAAAUUUACCUUUAAAGCUGUAUACUCACCUGACAUGCCGAAAUCAAUUCCAGUUCUUGAAAUACUUCAUGGUUUCUGGAAGAACAUUAUGAAAGCAUUACAAUAUUGGUUGCAUUACACCCUUGUCAUAAUUCUAUGGUUAGGGGUGGUACCUCUGAUUGCUUAUAGAAUUUACAAAUGUUUAUUUUCUGGUUCAGUAAAGUCACUACUGACAUUGCCAUAUGAUAUGUUGACACUUGAAAGUAUUUUUAUGGAUUGUGUGUUUGGAGCAUUAGUGGUCUCAGUAUCUAUUGGUGGUUUUAUAAUGCUGUUAUGGCUUAGAGAACAAGUCGUGGUGCAUGGUGUACCCAACUGGCUAAACGAUCAAGACCCAGAAGUACAAGGAUUUCGCUUUAUUGCUAUAAUCCGAAAUCUUUUUGGCAACAGGCCAGAACAGCCUCAGGGGCCACCUCAAGAAAACUUGGUAGCUGAUGAUGAAGAUCAUGCAGGAGUUGCUAACGACAUUGGUGAUAAUAUGCCUGAUGUUGCUGAACACAAUGCAGAAAAUAAUCACGACAAUGAUGGUGGAUGGAAUCCUGAUGCCAUCAUGGAAGAUUUAACGUGGGAGAGGUUUUUGGGCUUGGACGGCUCAUUCGUAUUUUUGGAACACGUUUUCUGGAUAAUAUCCUUAAAUACAUCAUUCAUCCUUGUGUUUGCAUUUUGUCCUUAUCAUAUUGGGCUUUUAUUUAUGACUAUUUUAUUUGGAAGUAAGAAGCUCAGUGGAAAUACUUUAGAUGGAGCAGUAAUGUUACUUAUUGGAUAUUUCGUUAUUACUAUCAGUAUGGUUUUGCUUCAUUACCUGCUCGGUUUUACCUCAUUCAGAAGGUUGAGGAAGACAAUUGCAAAGUGCUAUAUCGUACUGAAAGUAGCUAUACUAAUUGUGGUAGAAAUUGGCUUUUUCCCACUUGUUUGUGGCUGGUGGCUUGACAUAUGUUCACUGCCACUGUUUGCAAUUUCUCUUCAGGAUAGAAAAGACAGUUUAGAAUAUGCACCUGUGACUGCUACUUUCCUUCACUGGCUUGUUGGGAUGUUGUAUGUGUUUUAUUUUGCAUCAUUUAUCAUCUUGUUGCGAGAAAUAUUGAGACCUGGUGUGUUAUGGUUUUUAAGAAAUAUUAACGAUCCUCAAUUUCAUCCUGUAAAGGAGAUGAUUCAGUUAAGUGUGUUUCGCCACGCAAGGAGAUUCGCGUUGUCUUUAAUUGUCUUUGGAAGUACUGUUUUGGUGGUAGUGUGGAUUCCAGUUCAACUGAUAAAGUUAUUCUCAUCAGGAUUUAUACCAUUCAACGUUUCGUUGAAUAUUGAUGCACCUAUCAGUGAAAUGUCGCUUGAGUUAUUGUUAUUACAAGUUGUUUUGCCUGCUUUUCUUGAACAAGGCCAUGCACGAAAGUGGCUUAAAGAUUUUAUUCGGCUUUGGACACGCGUUGUUUCAAAGGUUCUAGAUAUGCGUUCAUACAUUAUUGGAGAUGUUGAUUUAAAAACAGUGAAUGCUUAUCAGAUUGUGUAUGUGGAUGCAAUGGGCAGGUGGCAAAAAGGUCCUUUACCCAAAGGAUUACCUCUCGAGAAUGCACUUGAAGGGGUGGGUUCUCCGAUAGUGCGAUCAUACCAUCGUUCUCAAUACUUUAAAAUCAGAGUAUGCAUGUUUAUUAUGAUUGUCAUGGUAUCAUUCAUAAUGGCUGCAGUAAUGGCGUUCACCUUGCCAGUUAUAAUUGGACGAAACCUUCUUGCAUUGGUGUUUGGUGAUACUGUCGUUCAUGAAUUAUAUACCGCAGCUGUUGGUUUCUAUGUGAUUUGGUUAACUUUAAGAAUAUUAGUUGCUGUCUCUUCAUGGUAUCCAGUUGGUUUUAGCACGGUAUACAGAAAGGCGAAAUGGCUUCUUUCAAUAGUUUCAAAAGUUAUACUAGGUACUCUCGCUUUAUUUGGUAUCACGCCGUUCCUUCUUGGUAUUAUUUUUGAACUCGUUGUAGUGAUUCCUCUACGUGUUCCAUACGACCAAACCCCGGUUAUAUACAUAUGGCAGGAUUGGGCGUUAGGUGUGCUCCAUUUAAAGAUCAUGUGCGCACUCAUUAUGGUCGGCCCCAAUUGGUGGUUACAAAAUGCUAUAGAUAGAGCUUACCGCAAUGGGUUUGCAAACAUCGAUUUAACGUUUAUAAUGAGCACAAUAUUUUACCCAGUGAUUAACACGUUGAUGUUGGCGAUAACCAUUCCAUAUGUCGUCACUGCGGGCGUUCUUCCGUGGCUAGGAGUCUCUGAAGACAAUUCAUUGCUGUGUUUGCGACGCGUGUAUCCUGUAAUGAUGUGCAUUAUACUUCUUGCUGCUAUCAUUAUCUUUCAAGGGAAACAGUUUAAAGCUUUGUACGAGAGGAUUAGAAACGAAAAGUAUUUAAUAGGUAAAAUCUUGGUAAAUUAUGAGCCACAAAAUGAUAACACAAAGAAUGUAAAAUAAAUUUCAGAAUGUGACAUUUUUUCAUGUUUAUACCUUAUUCAUAUUAUAUUAUUAGCGCGUACUAAUUUUCGCGCCUUUGGGCAAAGAAGUUUGUUGAUAGACGGAAUUCAGCACAUGAUUUAUGCGCAAAAGUAAUUAUACGGCCGAUUGCGGAAAGGAGUUAUAAAUACACAUUUGUCUUUAUAAAACCCUAUUUUUUUCUUUAUUGUUUGCUCCGAAAGUUAAGCUCUUGCGAAAAUUAACACUUGCAGAAAACCUUCAUAUUGUCAUUGCGCGAAAAUGAAUACGAGCGGAAAUUAGUACUUAUGAGGUAAUUGUCGUUUUCGUGCAUUAUAUAGGUAUUGCUUGUGUUUAUAUUUUCAUUUUUGUUUACACAAUAGGCGCGAAACUAUUUUUUUCAAAUUGAGUCACUUUUUUCCAGCUAGAAAUGCAUGAACAUAAGAGCUUAUUUGCAAGUUCGGUCAUCAUGCUGCAGUAUUUGUAUAUUUUACUCAAAUUUUGAGUUUCUUAAAUGGCUUUGUUUUUCUCCGCUUUCUCAUUCUUUUAGUAUCAAAUUUUUGAAACGAAAGAAGAAAUUGUUGAGGCUUAUAUUUUAUCCCAGUAAAACGUGUUGAAAUCACUUAGGAAAUCGCAAAUGUAGCCAUCGACGAUUUUUCAAAUAUAGACCCAUGGAAUGGCUUUAAUUUUUUCUCCAUUUUAACUUUUAGUCUUGUUAUAUUUAUUUUCUUACUGUUGGUCAUUUUGAAUAAAAAUAAAGUAAACAAAA